GAAGCGGUAUCUGAGUACCUAAAAAGGCCCCUCUAUUCGAUCUCUAUUAGGGAAUUACUUCGUAAUAUAACGGAACUUGAAGACCGACUCUCUCGAAUCUUCCAGAUUACUAGCUAUUGGAACGCCAUUUUUCUUCUAGACGAAGCGGAUAUCUUUCUUAAGAGUUAUUCGCUUAAUAAUUUAACUCGUAAUGGCCUUGUCUCUAUAUUCCUCUGCAAAUUGGAAUACUAUAAGGGAAUACUAUUCCUAACGACAAACCGGGUAGGGCAGUUUAAUAAAGCGAUUCUGAGCCGAAUCUAUCUCCUGUUAAGAUAUAAAGGCUUAACUCAAGUUAUAAGGAGGCAAGUCUGGAGGAACUUCCUUUCUCGGGCAGCCACUUCUUCUGGAGAUAUAGAUAUUAAAGAUGAGGAGCUAGAAGAAUUAACUAUACCCAAGUUAAACGGCCGGCAGAUAAAGAAUAUCAUGUCCGUAGCUCAGGCUUUCGCAAGAAAGGAGAGGAGCAAGAUAGAAUUUCUAUAUACAAAGAAGGCUUUAGAGGCGAAUGAGAAGUUUUUCACGGAGUUUUAUAGGAAA